UUUGCCAUUGGACACUACAACUACAUUUGUCACGAAACUUCUCUUCGUUCAUAAAAAAGAUAACCCUUUAAAUCCAAACACGUCACACCCCUUUAAAAUGCUCCUCCUCAAAACCACCACCACCACCGCCACCACUCUCUCCGCCGUCUCCCUCCCUCUCCUCACCGUCUCCUCCCUCCACCACCACCACCCCAAACCCACCCCCUUCCCCUUAACAACCACCAAACCCGUAACCCUCCGCCACUCAUCCACCACUCCAAAAAUAAUGAACUGGCUAGGGAAGCUAGGGUUCGGUACACGCACCCCCGCCGUAUCCUCCAUGGACCAGCAGUCAUCAAUCGCACAGGGCCCAGACGACGACGUUCCGGCCCCGGGUCAACAGUUCGCACAGUUCGGUGCGGGUUGUUUUUGGGGCGUGGAGUUAGCGUUCCAGAGGGUUCCGGGUGUUACGAAAACGGAAGUGGGGUAUACCCAAGGGUUUACGGAUAAUCCGACUUAUAAUGAUAUUUGUUCGGGUACUACUAACCAUUCGGAGGUUGUUCGGGUUCAGUUUGACCCCAAGGAGUGUAGUUAUGAGUCUUUGCUUGAUUGUUUUUGGGAGAGGCAUGAUCCUACCACUCUUAAUCGUCAGGGGAAUGAUGUUGGAACACAAUAUCGAUCUGGGAUAUACUUCUACACACCAGAGCAAGAGAAAGCAGCAAUAGAAUCAAUGGAGAAGCACCAGAAUAAACUGAACCGGAAAAUUGUGACAGAGAUCCUGCCGGCGAAGAAGUUCUACAGGGCAGAAGAGUACCACCAGCAGUAUCUUGCAAAGGGAGGUCGAUUCGGGUUCAGGCAGUCUACUGAGAAAGGUUGCAACGACCCUAUCCGUUGCUAUGGCUAAUUAAUAAUCAAGGGGUUUUGGUAAAUAAUCUUAGUUUGUUUGAAGUUUAUAAUUAUAAUCUCUUGUGCGUAUAAUGUAUCACGAUUGUUAAUAGUUUGAAUGAUCUGGCGGGUCGUCUUGCUUGAACAAGUAAUCAUACGGGUUUAUGUUUGUUUGUCCGGUUGGUGUAAACUGACGGGUUGUUACAACCAUUUGUAUAAACGGUUUGAGACCGGUCAUUGUAUAAUGACUACAUAGUGUUUUACUAGAUGGCAUUAUCAAUUGAUGGAAGAUUUAUCUG